CAGGAGUUUUGUAAAUUUACAAUUAUUAAUUAACAGAACAGUCUAGUUUAUAAAUAUUUGGAUUUUGAUGUUCAUUUCCUUACAUCGUGAGCGUGGUGGAAUGAACUUGGCUUUCCUCCAAACAGAUAUUGUUUUGUGGUAAGUUGAAGGCGGGCAUGGAGGCUACCCAUUUCAGCACAGUUCCUCUCUCUCAAUCGUAUGCCGUUACAACAACCCCCUCCAAAUGCUUACGUAACCAUCUCAGACUCUGUUACGGUUAUGCUCCCAACUUUCUUCGCCUAAGGGAUUCCCGCCUCUGCUCUUCCCUCCGUCCCAACCACAUCACUUCUGGGGACCAACAACACACUCUCCUCCCUGAUUCCGAUAACCAUCAGCUUCACCCCACUCUCCAAUUCCCUGCCAAUCAAAAUCAAAAUCAAAUUCAAAAUCAAAAUCAAAAUCAAAAGGAAAAAGCUACGGAUGUGAAACGAGAGCUCCUACUGCUGUCUCUGCCCGCCCUCGCCGGUCAGGCAAUUGAUCCCUUGGCUCAGUUGAUGGAAACCGCUUACAUCGGUCGACUUGGCACUGUGGAGUUGGCUUCUGCCGGUGUUUCCAUUUCCAUCUUUAACAUCAUUUCUAAGCUAUUUAAUAUUCCCCUUCUAAGUGUCGCUACUUCCUUUGUUGCCGAGGACAUGGCCAAGACUUCUGCUUCAGAUCAGGCUGGUUUUGAAAACACUGCCAAUGGUAAACCCUGGGAAACAGUUUCUCAGAGAAAGCAACUCUCCUCUGUCUCCACUGCUUUGCUAUUAGCACUGGGUCUUGGAAUUUUUGAGGCUUUAGCUUUGUACCUCGGAUCUGGAACAUUUCUUCAUCUAAUUGGUGUAUCCACACAAAAUCCAACACAUGUUCCCGCACGGCAAUUUCUCUCUUUAAGAGCAGUUGGUGCUCCUGCAGUUGUACUUUCUUUGGCUCUACAGGGCAUUUUCCGUGGUUUUAAGGAUACAAAAACUCCUGUUAUAUGUCUAGGCAUUGGAAACUUUUCGGCUGUCUUUUUAUUUCCUUUACUUAUGUAUUACUUUCAAUUGGGUGUCACUGGUGCAGCCAUUUCCACUGUUCUCUCUCAAUAUAUCGGGACCAUAUUGAUGAUCUGGUGUCUAAAUAAGCGAGCUGAGUUGCUACCUCCAAAGUUGGGAGACCUGCAAUUUGGAAGUUAUAUUAAAUCUGGUGGUUUCCUUCUUGGAAGAACACUUGCUGUUCUUACAACCAUGACACUGGGGACAUCAAUGGCUGCUCGUCAUGGUCCAGUAGCUAUGGCUGCACAUCAGAUAUGUAUGCAAGUGUGGUUGGCUGUUUCCCUUCUUACAGAUGCAUUGGCUGCAUCUGGUCAGGCCCUUAUUGCAAGUUCUAUAUCCAGACAUGAGUACAAAAUUGUGAAGGAAAUUACAAGUUUGGUAUUAAGGAUUGGACUGCUCACGGGUAUUUGCUUGACUGCAAUCCUCGGUGCUUCUUUUGGGUCUUUAGCUACAAUUUUUACCCAGGACCCUGAAGUCUUGCAGGUGGUCAGAACUGGGGUGUUGUUUGUCAGCGCUUCUCAACCAUUUAACGCUUUGGCAUAUAUUUUUGACGGUCUUCAUUAUGGAGUUUCUGAUUUCCCAUAUGCUGCUUUCUCCAUGAUGUUUGUGGGAGCAGUCUCCUCUGCAUUCUUGGUAUUUGCACCUUCAUUUUUUGGUCUUCAUGGUGUAUGGCUGGGCUUGGUUCUCUUCAUGGCUCUUCGUGUGGCAGCUGGUUCUAUCAGAUUGCUAUCAAAGAAUGGUCCUUGGUGGUUUCUACACAGGGAUUUGCAAAUUGCGGAGGUGGUAUCUUAAGACGGAAACGAUGCAUCAUGCAUUAAGUAGCCAAAUUUGUUCUCUCCACUCGACAUUUGGGGGGACGACAAGACCAAUUUCGUUGAAUCGAUUCGAAGUCAUAAAGUUUUGAGAGACGUGAUUGACAAACGUGCUACUUGAGUGUAACAAACAAUGGACAGGAACAGUAAAAGUUACUAGUGUCACAAAAACGCAUCUUUAAUUGAGGAUCAAACGUAUCCUAACAUGACAAAGCCGAGCGAAAGUGGAUGAAAUGGUUCUUCCAUCAUUUAUACAACAGGGUGGAGAAGAAGAUGAAUUAAAGCAUGUUAAAAUAUAGCAAAAGAAAUAUAUAUAACUUUGCUUACAAAAAGUGGCACUGAAAGCAUGCCCAAGGUUAUUUAAAAAAGAUUCUAGCAGAAACGAUGAUUGGUAUAGAAAAUGGGGAAGGUGAACAAGAAU